AUGGAUAACCUUCACUUGAGCGUCAUAGCUGUGGCCCUUUACCUUAAUCUUCCUGGAUCAGUGGGAACCAAGUCACAGCGGAUUCUUCUUGAUACACAUCACCAUUCAGGCUGCUGGUGGGAUGCGGAGUUCUUACUGAAUUGUUCUUUUACCGGAAUAUUUACUAUUCCAGAAGCUGUACCACAAACAGCAAUAACGGCUGAUUUUAGUUACAAUAAUAUCAGAACUUUUCUGUGCACUGAUGGAAGAAAUGAAGAAUGGAUGCUAAAACACCUGAAUCUCAGUAACAACCUGAUUUCUGAACUCCUCUUAACUACUUGUAGAAAUUUACCCGUUUUAGAAACUCUAAACCUCAAUGGUAAUGCCAUCCGCACCCUCACACUGGACAUACCUACGCCUGCACAUGGGUCUAAAAAGUACAGAAAAGUCGAUCGUCUCCUGCCUGCUUUGAAAGUAUUGUCAGUUGAAAGAAACAAUCUUAAUACAGUUCCAAAAGGACUAGGCCUGCUGCAAUCUUUACAAACUGUCCAUAUGUCAUCCAAUGGCAUACGACAGAUUGAUCUGAAUGAUUUUCAAAACUGUUCACAGCUGAAGGACAUCGACUUGCAAAACAACAAGAUAACUAAAAUUCAUCCAGACGCCUUCAGAGAUCUCAACAAAUUACAGGUUGUGGAUCUCCGUGAAAAUGCUCUGACGACCCCUCUACCACAGAUAUUAAUCAGUUUGAACUUCUUUCAACUUGAAGUGGAUUUGUCAAAUAAUGCCUGGAUAUUUAACUGCAGACUAAAUGCUUUCAAACAUUUAUUUCAUUUUCUUUUUGACUCCACAAGGAAAAAAUGGAGUAUUUCAUACAAUAAAUCUGCCAACAACUCACAGAAACCUCUGCUGUAUCUUUCAAAUUUCCAUUUAAACUGCAGCGACAGUGUUUUGCUCAGGAGGGCUGUAAUCCCAACAGGGAAGACAUUGGUGCUAAACUGUGACUUGAACAACACAAGGGGUAAUGGAGUCUCUUGGUGGACACCUAAAGGCAGAAUUUCAGAAGAUAAUAGUCUUCCUCAUAUGACACUGGAUAAAAUGAAUAAUUUAGUGAUAUACAACGCUGAGAAAGCUGCUGAAGGGUUAUAUUUGUGUAUUUUUAAUACAACAAAGAAGAAAUAUCUCAUCUACAAUAUACAGGUGAAAGAAAGAGUUUCAACAUUUUUGGUUAGAAAAGCCCGGGACACUAACACCGUUUUUAGACAAGGAAGAACAGAGCAAGACCUUGCAUUGGCUGUCUGCCUCUCGGUGCUCAUUACGUUUGUUUGUGCUUUUUGUCUGGGUGCUUUUGCUAGACCCUACCUUGUGAGCCUGUGGAGACUCAUGCGCAGGAACAAAAAUUCAGGUUCAGAACAUACUUAUUCUAAUCAAGCUUUUUCAGAUGAAACCUUGAGCAGAGGGUGCUCUGCAAGCAAACCAACAAAUAUGCAGUGUAAUUUGUUAAUUUGUGAUGAGAAUUCAAGAAACACAUGCGGUUUUCCUACAGAAACUUCUACUUUGCAUGAAAAUGUCAUUGGUGGCAGUGUACGUGCACCAAAUACUGAAGAAGAGUACCAGAAACAAAGCAAUAAUGAGAUCAACGUGAAGAAAAAAACAGUGUUUUCAGACAUCGAAACUAGUAUCAGCAAUGAUGAAAAUAUAAAUGUUGAUGAUAAUGGACUAUUUUCUGUAAGGAAAGAUUACAAGAACAGCAAUGAAGUAACACCAAGAAAACUAAUGAAUUCUAGGAACAGCAAGGUAAGCAACAACUCUGGUCUGCUGCAGUCUGAAAGCACAAAAGCUACACCAGACUCUCCUGAAAGAAAAGGUAUUGUUUCACAUAAUGAACCCAUGAGCACUACAAAAUUUAUGCCUGGAAGGCAAAGCUGUGAUGAACAACUUGGUCUAAACGGCAACAUAAAUAUAACCAGUGACAUGCGAGAUUUUGUUUUACCCAGUAGCUGCAAGAGACACACAAAUAUAGAGAAUUUAAGUGUCUACCAAACCCUAGAAAACUCUCCUCUUGCAGAGUACGACUGUAAAACGGAAUGUGCAAAUGAAAAAGAUGCUUCAGCAGAUAUAUUUGGUGACAGUUCUUCAGAUGAAGGGACUCCAUUCACAAUGAGCGACUGUAGUUCUGUAGCAGACUUUGAACUGGAACAAUCUGAUGUUAGUGACAAACUGCCAGUCUGUCAGUCGUCACUAGAGGAAGCCAAUACGAACAGCGGAACUGAGGAGUUCUCAACACUGCCAGAGUCUCCAAACAUUGCUGCUGAACUUCAGUGUAUCGGGAAAAAUGAAGAUGAGAACAAUGCGUAUUUUGAAACCACUAUUAAUUAUGGAUCAGAUACCAUCAUGCCUGAAACAGCAUCACCUUAUGCUGAUAAAUGUAGUGACCAUGUAAGCAUGUCAGAUUCAGACACAAUUAGUUCUUCAAGUCAAGAGGUUCCCGAUACGUUUGAUUAUUUUACUAAUGCAGAGUCAACAGUACAAAACUCUAUUUCUGAUUCUCUCCACAAUCAAAAUACAGAUUUUGGUAAUACGUUACUUUUGUUAAAAGAUUCUCCCACGUAUGACACAGAUGCAGAGAACGCUCCUGAAGAGGCUGAAUUGCAGCUGUACAAGUUUCCCAUUGAACCACAGCAUUCCCUCAGCUGCAGUCCCACUGAACAAAAAGAAAAUGCACCAGAGGGAAGUACAGACGAGCACAUAGAUAGGAAUUCCUCUGAAAAGAAUCAUGGUGAAGGGGACAUUACAUUAAGAAGAAACAUGAGUACAACUGAGGACAAUGAUUUUAUUUUUGCUCCCAUUGAUAUUGGUUUGAAUGAAAUUGUUAAAAAACCGUUGCUACUGCAUUCCAGCAAUGAAUCAUCUCUUCAAUCUCUGCCUGAACACACAGCUGAAAAACAUUUUACGGUUAUUACAGAGAAAGACAAUUUGCUACCACAGGGGAAGCAGGUGAACACAACUAAGGCUUGUGCAGAUAAAAUGCAAAGAGGUUUUAAUGAGAAAAACUGUGAUGGAUACACAGAAUUACAGGAUACCAGCAACUGUAGACUGCCCGAAGAAACACAGUCUUGCAAGCUUACAGCAGAUUUGCUGUAUCUUCACUCUUCUGAGAAAACACAAUCAGUCUUCAACACAGAAGAUAACUUCCAACUGGAUCAGAGUGACGAGGAUGCAUAUUCCUUCUCAGUCCCACAAGGCCUCUUCAAUGAAAGCACACGAUACAGUUCACGUUCAUUCCCACAAAAGACUAGAGGAAAUAUAAUCUCUGAAAGCACUGAUUCCAGCAAGACGGAGGAUGACGCUACUUUGACAGGACUGCAGAACAAUUCUACAACAGCUGUUAACCUCCAAAAUUCAAGCAAAAAACUCAGUCAAAAAAGUCAGAGCAAUUUAGGACAGGGCCAGUUUUUUGUCAAGAAGAAAAGAGCAUUUGAUGGAUUUGCUAACGUUUUGCAAAGCAGGAGAACAAACUUCAAUAGUUGAGACACAGAAGUGUAAUACUAAGCUCCCACAGUGUUUAUGUCAUAUA